AUGAUCAUCAAGCUCGAAGCGGACGGCCAGCCAGCAUGCAUCGAAACCAGCGCGGAAAAGGCCCAGCUCGAGGCUAUCAUCCUCCCCGAACAGACGUAUCAUCCCCUCCGCGUACACGCUGGCUAUGCAUCGAGUAUAUCGACCUCCGACAGCAACUUUACUGCGACCCAUGAGCUGAAUGAGAAGAGGGAGGAGGAUGAAGGGAUGGUGGGGAAGAGUAAACGGUGGCGGCUCUUCGCUAGCUCUCGAUCGCGGCAUCAGCCAUCGACGGAUCCAUUGACGAGUGGGCACACGAUGGUGGGUAGACAGGAGGAGGAGAGAGCAGAAAAAAGCUGGCCGCGUUGGCUCUCCUCGGUCAACAUCGACAGAAAAUGGGCUAUCGUCUGGAUAGUAUCGACACUCGUCAUGUGCAUCGUCGUCGCUGUUGGCGUUUGGCUAGCGACAAAAGACGACGACAAAACGAUAUUCGUGCAACCCAAACAUCUCCCUGGCGACCGCCCACCUCAACUGACGAACCUCUAUGGCAUGCCAUAUGAACAGUUCGGGUGCUACGAGUCCACCGCAGAAGUGAUCUUCAACGGCUCGCAAACUCUAUAUUUCGUCCCAGUUGGCAACAAGGCAGAACAUGCGCUCACUCUUACCGGAGGUGCGACCGGAGUGCUGACCAUUGCGAGCGCCCCGGAUUUAGCGGAUCCACAAGAAAUCAUCUACGAUGUGUUUAUUCGUGGGGAUAGGAGUCUGCUGGAUGACAUCGUGCUAGAGUAUCCGCCCCGAGGUCCGACUACCAUCCGCUGCACGGAGUUCAUCAUCGAUACACCAGACCUCGUUGACCCAGCGGGCGUCACCAACCUCUCGCCGUGCAUGUACUACGAAAUCACCAUGUACAUCCCACGUGGGCUUCGGAAGAUCGACAUCCACAUUGAUACGCCCGUGCAGAUGAAGUUCUCACCGCAAUCGCACAUCGACCUGGAUAAUCUACACAUCACGCUCACGAGCCUGCACGAGAAGACAGAGCUCAUCGCACACGAGUCUCUGCAAGCUGGGAACAUGAGCAUCGACACCGCUAACGCCCGCAUCCUCGGUGCCUUCUCGAUCGACGACGAACUGCGAAUAGUAAAUGACCAAGGGGAGACGAACCUCGACGUAAUACCGAACACUUCCACCGACCUGGAGAACCCGCUCCCCGCAAUCUUGUCGACGACGACGGGCACCGGCUCGGUGUCGAUAACGUACCUACGGAACCAGGCGUACAGGAAGCGCACAAUACGGAGCACGCACAUCGUGCAGGGGAAGUCGUGCGAGGGUUUCUUUGACUACCGCCAGAGCACGCUCGUGGGGCUUGUCAGUGCGAACAUGUCGGAGCUGCUGAAGGGGGGACGGACGCUGUCGUCGCAGCCUGCGAAUCUGGAGGGCGAAGACGCUAGUCAUACAUGGACGCACUUUGCUGGGGACGUGAACGGUGCGGAUAGGGUAGUGAUACAGUCACAAUCGAGUACAGGUAAACUAAUUCUCCCAUUCAGAUAG